AUGACAUCCGAGGAUCCGGGCGACAAACCACCCCCUAUCGAGUGGCAAGAUGCACCUGGCGAGUCCGACCAUUACUUUCGAAAAUUCAUGACUUAUGACCGACUGGAAUGCAAGCCCACAGCUGAAGAGCUCGACACCGAAAUCCCUGAGAACGAUGACCAAUCAGAACACAACUCAGCAUCAGAAAAUCCUGUUCCCAAGAUCCCUGUCAGCGAUGAUCGAUUGCGCUACAAAAGCAUACCUGAAAGUCUUGUCACCAGCAUUCCCGAGAGCUUCCCCGAGAAGGCGAGGAACAGACGGAGCUAUGUUUCGUUUGGCUCUGAAGGCACGACGGCGAGCGUCAAUGCCUCCGGCCAUAUCAUGCAAAUCUCCCGCUAUCUCGGGUACGGUCGAUCCGGUUUCUUCUCCGCUGAUCAAAAAGGGACUCGGAAGCCCUUCUACGUCGAUACCCGGAAACAACACCUUAUGGAACUUGCAAAAGACCCCUUCGCGGGAUUCAGAUUGGAUCUGCUGCAAGCGUUUGAAGGCUUAGUGGAUUACAAACAGUGCAAGCCAUCCGUCAAAUUCAUCCAUGAUCGUUGGCCUUGGUUCAACAUCCGGGAUUCACGUGGACGUAAGGACAACCCGCAUCCCGAAGAACAAGGCCACAGAUCAGAGAAGCAAAGGGAGGAGAAGGACAACCCGUAUCCUGAAGAACAAGGAGUCCAAGAAUCAAACAAACAAAGGAAGGAGAAGAACAUCGCCUAUGCUACCACUUUUUCCGUCCAAUACUUUUGCCACAACGGCACUAUCUUCCAAAGGCACCUUGUGGAGUUUGACAAGACGGAAUUUCCCAGUCCAGAUUUGAGCAGAUUGAGGUUGGAUGCGGCUGCUUGUAUAAGAAACCUCGAUUUCGUCCAUGACACAGACUUCAACGACGACGACGAGUCUCCGUAUAGGUCCGGUCCGAAUCAUCGAAGCCUGAUUGUUGUUCACAAGAUGAACAGAAACAUGGCUAAUGAUAUGGGAAUCGACAAUGAUGUCUAUUCUAAAGGGUCAGGCCCCAAGGCAGCUGCGCUGAUAAUCACCCCUUUCACCGAAGGCAGAGCGCAGAAGGUCACGCAAUUGGGGGAAGCUGAUUCCUCUUGGUACAUCGAACUGGACAAGAAGGCCGAAGAUGCAAUCAAGGAAUCCGGAAAGCUCGACAUCACUCUAGCAUACAGGCUACAGCUGAUUGAGGAGGAUCAGAAGUGGGAGAAUUCGACUGUUCCCGGACAUCGUAUGACGUCUAUGGGAGAAGCGAUAUUAUCGGAAUCGUCGCUAUUUCGGAAGAUCAUCUUUUCGCGGAACGAACACCUGGAUUUUGUGAUUCGGCGAAACCUAGAACACACCCUCUCAGUUUGCAGUGUUCCAAUACUCCAGUCACCCGUCCUUGGCCACACUGACGAAGACCUCGACAACCUGGCGGUCGCUUUGACAUGUGGAGACAUAUCGGGCCAUCGGGUUUCGACAAGGGCCAGUGUAUCUGCCUUCAUGUUCCUGCAUUCUAUGCUCAAGUACCUGGCUCCCGAUACGCAUUCCUUACGGCCGUAUUUGGCAAACCCAACCAGAUGUUCCUGCGGAGACCAACAGAGUCCAUGUGAUGAAUGCAGCUGCGUCAAACCAUACCUGGAUCACGUUUAUGGCCGUAUCCAAACUACGCUCAGAGGCCAUCUUGUGUGGGUAUGCACCACAUCGAAAGGCGAGGAGGGGAGCUUUGCGCCUCACUACUGGCCAACAGGGAAGCACAUCACGAACCUCAGUUGGUUGCCUUCUGCAACACUUCUCGAUACACCGCUGCAGCUUCUGAAGGUUCUCUGGUUUAAAGAAAGAUCGUUGCCUUCAGAUCAACAGACAGAACUUGCCGCCAAGGUUCGCCCUUGGCUUUCACAUUUGGACAAAACGAACAAUCGAGGAAGCUAUGCUUUCUCCGUUGAUCCUGGUAAUUUGAGUGAAAAGUUCAAGUUUGCAGACCAUGUCCUGAUUUGCUUGGCCAUUAGGUGCGUGCAGCAUCUUGAAGAACGAUCAGCCAUCUUUGCGACGCGAGAAGAAGAGUUGGGCGAUGCAGAAGAUCCUGGAGCCCUUCAUAUCUUCAAUACAUACUCAUUCCAAGAGGUCAGACGGAAUGUUCUGAAGAGAUUCACAGUGCAAGGGCCUAUCACAAAACAACGAAUGCUUGCGACACGUCGAACGCCGAGCGAAAGCAGAUUCCUAUUGCAUUCCAAAGACACGAUUUUGUUCCAUAUCAUGGAUCUCAAACUUGACAAAGAGUGGUUUGAGGCCGAGGAGUCCCUCGAGCCAAUCCAGUUUUUCCAAAGGGAAGAGAAGCUUCCACGGCAACGGAAAAAGGGUAAAGGGUCAAGCGAAGCCGAUGGAUCCUGGAAAUACAUCGAUGAUAGAUGGAAAGCCACUGUGGACGCACAAGCAUACCACGAUGAGUAUCAAAAUCUGGAAUGGGGGAAGCCGCUUUGGUAUGCCUUGACGUUUAUCCUUGGCUGCAAGAGAAGACGAAUAAACAAGUCGUCCAUAGACGAGACUUUGAGAGUUACCUCAAGCGUCUUGCUUGGCGCAAGCUCAAUGAGUGGUCUUUUCGCCGGUCUGUUGGAUGAGGAUCAAGAGCCGAUACCGUUUGAGAACGAGAUGGACCAAGACAGCUUUUGGCAUGCGGCAUUUGAAACGCCUUACGUCCUUUGGACAUACGGGCGCGACUACUUCGAUGCCCAAUGGGCUCGGGAAAAGGAGCAUCAGAGUGGGGGCGGUGCCCCCAAAAGUCCCUCUGAUGUCACGGGUGAUCCAACAGGUGUCAAGCAAGGCCAACGCGCUUCGAACAUCGGAGACACUGCAGCACCGUUCAAAGAUGCUGGAAGGAUAGGCCAGAUAAUCACCAAAGGUGUACCUUUUGUCAACUUCAGCACCUUAAUCGACCAGAAAGGCCUCGUCGAGGUAUCCGACGACUGGCUACAGGACGGACCAGUUGCUCUGGACUUCGGCUUCCGGCCCGACUUUUCGAAACUCAAGGACCUCCGUUGCGACCCGUCAGAGAAGGUCAUUACCGCAGGUCUCGAGGCUUAUAAACGCAGCCCAACAUCUUCCUUCUUUACAGAAGAAAGAGGGAUAGUCAUCGAUGUCAUCAAACGUAGUGAAGGCGACGAAAUGGGAGCAGGCGGCGACGAGAUAGGAGCAGGCCAACAAGAAACCAACGAUGGAAUCAAGAAGUGCUUGGGAAGGCGAAGGACCGUGCAAUUUGCCAAAAAAAGAUUGAUAUGGCUGCCGAACGGCAACAAAGAGACUGCGGUACUGUGUUAUUUCGCCUCUCCAGAGCCCGAGAGGGGAAACAUGGCGCAUUUCUUUGACAGACAUGCCUCCCAUGAAAAGUACUUCUUCGACGGGGCGACUGCGGCUCUAAAUGAAUGGGAAACAGAGAUCCACUUCUCGUUUUUCAAAUUAGUACAAUGUCAGAAAGAGGACGUCAAAGAAAUCCUCCAGACGGCAAACAAUGGAAUCUCAAGCUUGAGUUUCUUGAAGCUUGGAGAACGGAGAGAAGAUGGUGGAUCGAGUCAGGAAACUGUGUUUCUCCACUCUACGAUGAGCUUCCGAUUCGUUGGAGAUUUCUUUGACCGAUUCUGGACAUGUCACUUUCUGGACCCUGGUCAAAAGGAUCAGCAAAGCCUUCAGGCUCGGUUGUCAAAUUUCCAUCAUACAGUUCUCGAGGGUUCCAAGAAAAAUCCUUGGCAACAGAGAAAGGUGUUGGAAUUGCUCCUGUUCUACGAAAUGCUCGAGAGCAUGCACGAAAACACGCACAAGAUUCUGGAAUGGGUCAAACAUCAAGUUCUUAAUCCUCCAAAUCUUGAAAAGAUUCCAAGACCUGACUUGGGCGAAGACAUCACAACGACUCGCCUUCUCCAGGAAAAAUCGGUUAUGGAAGCUUCAAUGCCGCUCAACCCUCUUGCAUCGGCAUUCCAAGACGGCUAUCAGCUGCUGAAACAAGGCACCAGCGAAAACUACUUCUCCAUCAUCGAAAGCUGGCGGCUCUUUGAGCAAAUACUCCAAGCCUUGGAGGACGAUCUAAGUGGGAACAUCGAGCGAAUCGACCAAUGGAACAAACGAGAGGAGGAUCGGAAAUCAGAACGGCCACGCUGGACCAGGAACGACGAAAAGAGGUACCGCACAGCAAUCACAAAGGUAACCGUACUCAACGACAGGCGUGGUCGCGAUAUCGUGCGUCUGAGGGCAACCAUAAAAGCGUUUCGUGAAUCACUCCCAGGCCGGUUGGAAUCAAUUCGAUCCGACAUCUCCUUUCGGGGAUCCGAGAACAUCAAUCUCUUCACCUACGUUACCGUGGUGUUCCUCCCGCUUGGCUUUGCCACUGGAAUUUUCAGCAUGAGCAACGCCCCGAGCCGUCAGACUCUGGUCAGUAUGAUUGAACUGGCGCUGAUGGCCAUGGCCAUCACGAUAUUCGCUUUGGCAAACGUCAAAACGACCGGCAAAACCCUCGUCCGGCCGCUCAUCUUAGCCUUCCGCGAGGUCAACGAUCUGCUACUCCAUCCGCCAUUGAGGAUUCUUCAGUCUUUCAUCCAGAACCACAUGCCGGUAGUGGCCCUUUACCUUUUCUCCCGACUUGUCUGGUUCUUCUAUCGAUUCGUCUGGUUCCCGUUAACCACCGUUAAUGGAAGAAUCCCAGUGAAAACUCCGGAAACGCGCUGGUACCAGAAGACUAGGCUGAAGGAGCUUUGGAAGAGCUUCAAAGUCCCGAUGCGAGCAAUUCCUGAGCCAUGGACGUUGGAUCCUGUCAAAGAGGCGAGCGAGGACUACGCCCAGAUGAUUAGAGACAAAAGAGCAGAUGACUUGUUGAGAAAGCUCCGCAAGUCGGGGUUGAAACGACACCCAAAUGCUACGAACGGAGGUACAGACUUUGAGGAGCAGGGGUCCGAAAGGAGACAGGUGGACGAAGAGCUGGGACAUAUGCCGCGAGCAGCCCCGGCGACUCCUUCCUCAGCAGCUUCUUCUAUUCACAUGAGGAGAAGCAUUUGA